AUGGCUUCAAUUUUCCUUCCUUUCUUUUCAGCUUAUCUAAUGCUUCUCCUACCUCUUGUUGUCGCUCAAAGUAGCGCCGGAGACAUUCGGGUCGGCAGGUCCAUCGAAGCCACUCGGGAUGCAAAACCAUGGAUUUCUCCCUCCAGUGAUUUCGCCUUGGGAUUUCACCAGAUGGAAAACGAUAAAGAUCUCUUCCUACUGGCCAUUUGGUAUUAUAAAAUCCCAGCCCGUACCAUAGUUUGGUACGCAAGUGGAACAAAACCAGCUCCAAGAAGAUCGAAGGCGGAGUUAACAGCUGAUCGAGGGCUGGUCCUCUCCGAUCCCAGAGGCCAACUGAUUUGGCGAUCCGAGUUCGCCACCGGCGAUGUCGCCUUUGCAAGAAUGAACGAUACAGGCAAUUUCGUGGUUUACGGAGGUGGUUCCGAGCGACUGUGGGAGAGCUUCGAGAAUCCCACUGAUACGCUGUUACCGACUCAGGUGAUCCAAAGGGGUGAUAAGCUUUCUUCUCGGCAUAAAGAGAGCAACUUCUCGAAGGGAAAAUUCCAGUUCCAGCUGUCUGAAGAUGGAAAUGUUUUGCUCAAUACAAAUAAUAUUGUGUCGGAGUUUUUCUACUUUGCGUACUACAAUAGUGGAACUGGUGAUCAAGCAAAUAAGACGAAUUCGGGUUAUCAAGUGAGGCUUGAUGAAGAUGGUUCCUUUUACGUACUGAGAGGAAACAACCAGAGACAAUCAUUCAUCUCAGGAGAUGGUGUUCACUAUGAAGAUUAUUAUCAUAAAGUAACACUAAAUUUUGAUGGAGUUUUGACUCUUUCUAGUUAUCCAAAGAAUCCCAUCAGCAGCAAUGGAAACUGGGAUGUUAGAACCACCAUUCCGGAUAAUAUCUGCAUUACAGGAUUUAAUCAGUUCGGUAGUGGAACAUGUGGCUACAACAGUAUCUGCACUCUUAAACCCAACAAAAGGCCACAGUGUAAAUGCCCACGGGGCUAUUCAUUAUCCGAUCCGAACGAUGAGCAUGGUGAUUGCCGAGCAGAUUUCAUGCAGGGCUGUGAAGCAGAUCCCCAGAGUUAUCAUCAAGGUUUAUACGAUUUGGACGAACUACAAAACACGGAUUGGCCUACUUACGAUCAGGAGGUGAUUAGCCCUUGCAGUGCUGAUGCCUGCAAGGCUUAUUGUUUGCAGGAUUGUCUUUGUUCAGUAGCAAUAUUCAACAAUGGCAAAGACUGUGUGAAGAAGACGCUGCCGCUUCCUUAUGGGAGACAGGACAGACAAGUGAAUCCCAUAGCCUUUGUCAAAGUACGAAAAGCCGAGUUCGCUCACAGAAAUCCUCCGGAUAUAUCGACGGUAUGCGAGAAACGGGACCGGAAUUCAUUGACAGUUCUGAUUUCAGUGCUCUUAGGUAGCUCUAUGUUUGUCAACUUUAUAUUAGUUGGGGUGUUAUGCAUGGCAUCAUCUUUCUUGUACCACAAAAGGGUUACAAGAAAUCACAGCAACAAAAAUGGCAUACAAAGCAGCUUAUGUUUCUUCAAUUACAAGGAGCUUGAAGAUGCCACUAAUGGUUUCGACACGGAGCUCGGAAGGGGAUCGUUCGGCAUCGUAUAUAAAGGGGUAAUAAAAUCAGAUUCUCGAGAUCCGUUCGAAGUUGCGGUGAAGAAGUUAGACAGGGUGGUUCAGGACACAGACAAGGAAUUCAGAACUGAAGUGAGUGUGAUUGCUCAAACACACCAUCGGAAUCUAGUCAAGCUGCUCGGAUAUUGCGACGAGGGCCGAUAUCGAAUGCUGGUAUACGAGUACAUGAGCAAUGGGACAUUAGCAAGCUUUCUCUUUGGUGAUCCAAAACCAAGCUGGAACCAGAGGACACAAAUUGCAGUGGGGAUCGCUAGAGGACUCUGUUACUUGCACGAGGAGUGCAGCCCACAAAUAAUCCAUUGUGACAUAAAGCCUCAAAACAUACUUCUCAAUGACUACCACGAGGCUCGGAUCUCCGAUUUCGGGCUGUCGAAGCUUUUAGGCGUUGACCAGUCCUUCACCAACACUGCCAUUAGGGGCACGAAAGGGUAUGUUGCACCUGAAUGGUUCAAGACCGUGCCCGUGACCGUGAAGGUUGACGUGUACAGCUUCGGUGUCUUGCUGCUUGAAAUCAUUUGUUGUAGAAGAAAUGUAGAAAUGGAUGUUAGUGAUGAAGAGAGAGUGAUUUUGACAGAUUGGACUUGUGAUUGCUUCUCGGAAGGGACAGUCGAUGCUCUCGUUGAGAACGAUGCGGAGGCCUUAACGGAGAAGAUGAAGCUGGAGAGGUUUGUAAUGGUUGCUCUUUGGUGCAUCCAAGAAGACGUCUCUUUAAGACCCACCAUGAAGAAAGUUUUGCUGAUGCUUGAGGAAAUGAUUAUGGUUGCUCCUCCUCCUUUGCCAUGUCCAUCAUAUAUGUUGGCAUAUGGUUUCGCCUUUGGAUUCCACCAACUGGAAAACGAUAAUGAUCUUUUCCAACUCGCCACUUGGUAUCACAAAAUCCCAACCCGCACCAUAGUUUGGUACGCAAGGGGAAGUAAACCAGCUCCAAGAAGAUCCAAGCUCGAGUUAACAGCUGAUCGAGGACUCGUACUCACCGUUCCCAAUGGCCAACUCAUAUGGACAUCCGAGUUUACCACCGGUGAUGUCGUUAUUGCAAGAAUGAACGACACUGAAAAUUUCGUGGUUUACGGCGGUGGUUCCGAGCGACUGUGGGAGAGCUUCGAGAAUCCCACCGAUACUCUGUUACCGACUCAGGUGAUCCAAAGGGGUGGUAAGCUUUCUUCUUGGCAUAAAGAGAGCAACUUCUCGAAGGGAAAAUCCCAGUUCCAGCUGCGCGAAGAUGGAAAUGCUUCGCUCAAUACAAUUAAUAUUGAAUCCGAGUUUUUCUACAUUGCGUACUACACUAGUGGUAUUGAUGACCAAGCAAAUAAGACGAAUUCGGGUUAUCAAGUGAGGCUUGAUGAAGAUGGAUCGUUUUAUGUACUGAGAGGAAACAGUCAGAGACAAUCACUCAACGGAGAAGACGAUGGUGUUGACUAUGCAGAUUAUUAUCAUAGAGUAACACUAAAUUUUGAUGGAGUUUUGACUCUUUCUAGUUAUCCAAAGAAUCCCAUCAGCACCGAUGGAAACUGGAUUAAUCGAACCACCAUUCCAGAUAAUAUCUGCACAACAGGAUUUGGUACGUAUGGUAAUGGAACAUGUGGCUACAACAGUAUAUGCGCGCUUAAACCAGACAAAGGCCACAAUGUAAAUGCUCACCGGGCUAUUCUUUAUCUGAUCCGAACUACGAGUAUGGUAAUUGCCGAGCAGAUUUCAUGCAGGGCUGUGAAGCAGAUCCCCAGAGUUCUCAUGAAGUGGCAAUAUUCCACAGUGGCACAAAAAGAGAUUACCAUAGCCUUUGUGAAAGUGAGAAAACCUGAAUUUGCUCACAGAAACCCUCCAAAUAUAUCGACGGUAUAUAAAAAACGGGACCAGAAUUCAUUGACAGUUCUGAUUUCAGUGCUCUUAGGUAGCUCUGUGUUUGCCAAUUUUGUAUCAGUUGGGGUGUUAUGCAUGGCAUCAUCUUUCUUGUACCACAAAAGGGUUGCAAGAAAUCACAGCAACAAAAAUGGCAUACAAAGCAGCUUAAUGUGCUACAAUUACAAGGAGCUUGAAGAUGCCACUAAUGGUUUCGAGACGGAGCUCGAAAGGGGAUUUUUUGGCAUCGUUAUUAAAGGCGUAAUCAAAUCAGAUUCUCAAGAUCCGAUCGAAGUCACGGUCAAGAAGUUAGACAGGGUGGUUCAAGACGCAGACAAGGAAUUCAAAACUGAAGUGAGUGUCAUAGCUCAAACACACCAUCGGAAUCUCGUCAAUCUGCUCGGAUAUUGCGACGAGGGUCGAUAUCGAAUGUUGGUAUACGAGUACAUGAGCAAUGGGACAUUAGCAAGCUUCCUCUUUGGUGAUCUUAAACCAAGAUGGAACCAAAGGACACAAAUUGCAGUGGGGAUCGCUAGGGGACUCUGUUACUCGCACGAGGAGUGCAGCCCACAAAUAAUCCAUUGUGUCUUAAAGCCUCAAAACAUACUCCUCAACGACUACCACGAGGCUUGGAUCUCCGAUUUCAGGCAUUCGAAUCUUUUAGGCAUCGACCAAUCAUUUACCAACACCGUCAUUAGGGGCACAAAGGGGUAUAUAGCACCCGAAUGGUUCAAGAUCGUGCCCUUGACCAUGAAGGUCGACGUGGACAGCUUCAGUGUCUUGCUGCUGGAAAUCAUUUGUUGUAGAAGAAAUGUAGCAAUGGAUGUUGGUGAUGAAGAGAGUGAUUUUGACAGACUGGGCUUGUGA